AGGGAGGUGGACUGGAGAAUGCUUUGAGCUGUUUGAACUUGAGUGACAAACCGCCAGCCGUUCAAACCACCCGCCGGGAGCCCGGGACUCACACCCAAAAGCGGUGGAGAGGAUGUCGGGAGAAAGCUGACAUUCUUGCGUGACCUCGGGCUUCUUCCUCCGUCCGCAAAGACUCCCUAGGAAUCCUCCCCACCACACCCGACACCCCCUCCUGUUGGUUUGCGGUGACACGAGAUGGGCUUGGGGGUCGCGCCCUCUGGUUUUUCCCUCGGGACGUUGUUCCUGGGCGGUUAGGAACUGUUGAGAGGGAUUCUCCUAAGCUCCCCCUCUUUCACCACCCUGAAGACAGGGAGACCAGCCUGGUUUGAGCCAUCCUAAACUUCAAGGUAUAUUCGUAGUGGUCAACCGGAGCCAUGGACAGCUCGGCGAAAGGAAACAAAAAGGAGGCGCAAGAUGGACCCCCAAAAGAUGCGAAGCUGCCGAUGAGUGAAGCCCUUAUGGACUACCAACGCGAAAUAAAGGAGAACGCAGUGGAGAGAUUCAUGUUUCAGAUCAGGAAGCUGAGGGACAAGAACCAAAGGUACCAAGACAGGAACAGACGCCUGAAAGAGGAGCAGAAGUGGCAUGUGAAGAACCUCCUGAAAGAACUGAGCGAGGAGAAGUCGGAGGGAGUGCCGCCCGUGACAAGGGAGGAUGUGGAAGAGGCCAUGAAGGAAAAGUGGAAGUUUGAAAGAGACCAGGAGCAAAACCUGAAAGAGAUGCGCAGACAAAUAAAUGAUGCGGAGAAACUGUUCCUCGAGAAGCUCGGUGAGAAAGAGUACUGGGAGGAGUACAAGAACGUAGGAAGCGCACAGCACGCUCAGCUCAUCGCUUCCUUACAGAACGACAUCAACACGGUCAAAGAAAACGCCGAGAAAAUGUCAGAACAGUAUAAAAUCACUCUAGAAGAUGCCAGAAAGCGAAUAAUCACAGAAACUCUGAUACAGCUGGACCAGAGGAAGCAAUGGGCCACACAGAAUGCUGUGAGGUUCAUCGACAAGAGCAACUACCGAGAGAUCUGGGAAAAUGACUGGCUGAAAAAGGAAAUUUCGAUUCACAGGAAGGAAGUAGAAAAACUGGAAUGCUGUAUUCAUCAACUAGAAGAGGAAAAUCUGGUGCUUAUCAACCAGCUGUUUAACUGUAGACUUGUGGAUCUCAAAAUACCCAGGAAACUGUAUCUCACUCAAGCCGCUGGACAGCAAGUGCCACCUGAAGACGCGUCUUUGAUGUUGCUAGAGACAGACAACGAGGAGAAUUUGAAAUCGCCUGCUAAAACAGAGAGUGGAGAAGCGCUGAGCCUCUUGCUGGGGAGCCACGAGGCUAGCAGUCCGGUCGUCCAGGUCACGAACACAGAGAGAGAGGGCAGCUCCUCCACCGAGUUCGGAGACUCCGUCACCCACUACUUACUGCACGAGGACGAGCAGGACUUCAAGGAGUACGUGAACUUGGGCCCCGUGGCUUUGAAGCUCCUGAGUGUAGAGGGCAAGAGGAUGCCCAUCCACUUCCAAGAGAAGGAGAGUCCUCUCAAGUCGUAUGAUGACAUCCAGAGUCCCGAGAGCCACAUCACGCACAAGAUGGUGAAGACGUUGCUCUAGGCCUGAAAGCAGCGUGGUGGGAACCGCCUUUCCGUACCCAUUCUCUGUGGAUUAAAGUGCCCAAGUGACUCGCUUCCCCCACAGGGGUCCAUCUU